AGAGCCUUGGGCGCCGCCAGAGUGGUGACAGGUUGGCCGGCUCUCUCUCCUGCUCGUAUUCUCCAUCUCUUCGAAGACAGUAAAUAACACACCAGCACCAUGUCUGACGACGAAUCAGCAUACUCGGAUGCCGAAGCUUCCGAUGAGGGAGGAUAUGAAGAGGAACAGCAGACUCAGCAAGUGCGAGAGGAAGUGAAAGAGAAAGUAAAGGACGAUACGGAGGACGAGGAGAGGAGGAAGAAGGGAGAUGAGGGGGCCAACUUCCUUAAGAACCGCCAGCAGAUGAAGAUGUCCGAGCUGGACGAACAGCUGGCGGAAUACAUCGCUGAGUGGAGGAAGCAGAGAUCCAAGGAGGAGGAUGAGCUCAGGAAACUCAAGGAGAAGCAGGCUAAGAGGAAGAUCCUCCGCGCUGAAGAGGAGAAGAAGCUGACCGAGCAGAAGAAGGCCGAGGAGGAGCGCAAGCUUCGCGAGGAAUCCGAGAGGAAGCAGAAGGAACAGGAAGAGAAGAGGAAGCGCCUCGAGGAAGCAGAGAAGAAGCGCCAGGCCAUGAUGAAGGGAUCCAGCGAGGAUGGCGUCAAGAAGUUCGGCGUUAAGAGCGGUGGCGACAAGUUCUCCAACAUCCAGGCGGCCAAGGGCGAACUGGGCAAGACCCGCGAGCAGCUGGCCGAGGAGAAGAAGAUUGCCCUGUCCAUCCGCGUGAAGCCCCUCUGCGUCGACGGUGUUGGUGCGUCCGCCCUCCGCCAGAAGGCCGAAGAGAUGUGGAACCUCAUCAUCAAGCUGGAGACUGAGAAAUACGACAUGGAGGAGAGGAUGAAGCGACAGGACUACGAUCUGAAGGAGUUGAAAGAACGUCAGAAGCAACAACUCAGGCAAAAGGCCCUGAAGCGAGGCCUGGAGGCGGAGGCUCUCACCGGUAAACACCCGCCCAAGAUCCAGACUGCCUCCAAGUUCGAGCGACGCACAGACAGGAGGACUUAUGACGACAAGAAGAAACUUUUCGAGGGUGGCUGGGAAGUUGUUCACAAAGAAGUUCUCCAGAAAGUUUGGGAGACGAAGUAUGAAGAGUUUAUGGGCAGGACGAAGGCCAAGCUCCCCAAGUGGUUCGGCGAGCGACCAGGCAAGAAGGCCGGAGAACCCGAAUCCCCCGAAGAAGAAGAGGGCGGUGAGGAAGACGAGAUGCCCCCUGAGCCUGUUUACGAGGAGGAAGAAGAGGAAGAAGAGGAGGAGGAAGAGGAGGAGGAGGAGGAGGAGGAGGAGGAGGAAGAGGAAGAGGAGGAGGAGGAAGAGGAAGAGGAGUGAUGAGUUUUCCUCUUCAGCGGCCUCUCUCACUCUCCUUCAUCCACCGACAUGUCGUCACAUUCUCACUCUCUGUGUUGUUUAACAUCUUUAUGUGAAUAUUCUAACAAGUUCUCUGUUUUAUGGAGUCAACGAUCAGUUGGUUUUAAGUUAUCAUUAUUAUUAUCAUCAUUAUUAUUAUUAUAAUUAUCAUUAUUAUUACUGCGAUUAUUGGUUGGCGGUUAGUUAGUCAGUGGUGGAGGCGCGAGCCCGGCGCCACGACACUCCAGCUUUGGACGAAGCUUUAAGACCCGCCUGACGGAGGUCUCUCGCCCGCCGCCAGGCUGCGGCUGCGGCCGGUGGUGUCCCGCGGCGGCGGCGGCCUCCCUCCCUCCCCGCCGCGCUGUACAAACUCACACCACCACCACCGCGCCACGCACCGCCCGCGCGCGCCCGUGCCCUCUGCUCUGGCUGAUGUGGGCGACCACACGCCCACUAAAGGUUUGGGGCACGGCCCGGGAGGGGCUCGGCGGCCCCCCAGCCCUCCGCGGCGCCCCUCCCCAGGCUGCCGCAUCCGCCCACGCCGGGCGCAGGGGCGCGGCCGCGGGCGGUGGCGGCUCCCAACAUACUGUCACGACACCCACCAUAAUUGGUCACUAACUCCCAUCUUGUGUUCUCCGUUGAUCAAGGAUAUUAUGUUCCUUCUACAAUGCUAGUUUCUUUCAAAAUAAAAAUGUCAGACAUA